CUCUGUAGGGAGUAUUUAUUUCUCAGCAACAACAAAUCAUUCCCUGUCAUCUACAAAUUAUAUCAGAAGUGGAUUUUGUUUCAUCAGUUGAUCUACAAACAGUGAAUAAUUAUGGACAACACAGACCAAUACUUACUGAACUUUAAAGGCUAUAAUUUUGAUUUACCUGUCGUUGAUGUUGACUUUCUAGAAAAUCUAGAAGAUUUUGAAAUUAGAGAUGAUGAUGUCUUCAUAGUCACAUAUCCCAAAUCUGGUACCAUCUGGGCUCAGCAGAUACUAAGCUUGAUAUACUUUGAGGGACAUCGUAGCAGAACUGAAAUUGUGAAAACGAUUGACAGAGUCCCCUUCUUGGAAUACAACAUACACAAAAUGGACUUUCUUGAGAGACCAUCCCCUCGCCUGUUCUGUACCCACCUCCCAUAUUAUUUAGUACCGAAAGGUCUCAAGAGCAAAAAAGCUAAGAUUAUUUACAUCUACAGAAACCCCAAGGAUGUUUUGACCUCAUACUUUCAUUUUUCAAAUUUGAUCCUUGCAAUGCAAGCUACAAAUAAUAUGGAAGAGUUUUUGGAAAAGUUUCUAGAUGGAAAAGUGGUAGGAAGCCUUUGGUUUGAUCACAUCAGAAACUGGUACAAGUACAGACACGACUUCAAUAUUCUGUUCAUGAUGUAUGAGGAAAUGAAAAUGGACCUCAGAAGUUCUGUGCUUAAAAUCAGCCAUUUUCUUGAGAAAGAACUGAGUGAAGAGGAUUUGGAAGCUGUUGUGAAGCAGGCUACAUUCACGAACAUGAAGUCGGAUCCAAAAGCAAACUAUAAUGACAUUCUACGUAAUGAAGUUGGGACAAGAUAUGACGGACAUUUUAUGCGCAAAGGUGUCAUCGGAGACUGGAAAAAUUACUUGACAGUGGAGCAAAGUGAAAGAUUUGACAGAAUAUUCCAAAGGAAGAUGAAAGAUUUUCCCUUGAAGUUCAUCUGGGAUGUAAAGAAGGAGUAGAAUCAAAGUAAAAGAAUUCUCUAAAAAUCUGCUUAACUAGAAGGCAUAUUUCAAUAUACAUAUUAAUUUGUUUUCCUGCAAAUAUUAAUUAUUAAACUUUAGCAAUAAAAUAAUGUGAACUGUGCUUAGAUUAGUUGCCAUGAGUUUGAUGAACACUAUGAAAUUUCAAAAAGUAAAAUGAUUUUAGAGAUAGUCUGCAUUGAUAGAUAUCCUGUAUGAAGCAGUGAAAAACAGGACGCAUGUAAUGUGAAUUGCAAAUGUCCUGAGUUUUCACCACUGUAUAAUUUUUUAAUCUACACUUAAAUAUAGUAUCAAGGAAACAUUAAAAAUUCUUUUAUUAUUGUAAUUAUUUUAAUUGUUUGGUUUAAUAUCAAUGUAAAUUUUGAAAUAAAUAGAGAACACAUAUGUAAGAACAUACAUCUGUUUAAUAAUGUGUAUCAGAUUACAAAAUUGACACUAAAGAUGAAAAGAUCAAAAAUACAUUAAUCAUCUAAUGGUUCAGUCAUGUAAGUAUUUGGGUGAAAAAAAUAGUGUUUAUAACAUAUCACUCACUAAACUAAUUCCACUUGUAUUUAAUUAUUAAAUGUUUAAUAUAAAAUCAUUUUGAAUGAGUAGACAAAUAUAGGUGAAUAUGUUUACAAUUCCCAAAUGGAGAAAAAGUUUCGAAGCAUAAAAGCAGUGAAAGAAACUUCAAAGAAAAAGAUAGUAAAUUUACAACCAUAAAUAUUUCAAGGCAUCGCCAUCCAUAAUAGUCAACUAACAAAAACAACUCAAUGUCCACCUGCAAUAAAAUAUAUAACGAAUUGUGGCAUUUCA